AUGAUCAGGGGCUUGCGAACAUAUGCUGCUGAUUCUUCACCUCUUCAGGAGGGAAAUCUUUCCGUAACACUUGGGAUGGUGACUAAUGGCUAUAAGUAUGCCAUUGAAUGUUUGAAUGCUGGCCGAAUCGGUAUUGGUGCUCAAAUGAUUGGACUGGCUCAAGGAUGCUUCGAUGCCACGAUACCUUAUCUCCAGGAACGGAAACAAUUCGGAUCACGGUUAAUUGACUUUCAGGUGACUUCACAACUAUUCCGCCUCUCGUUGGAGAAAAGUGCUAAGCGUGCCACUCACAUAACCCCGUCUGAAACUUCCUUUCAUUAA